AUGGCAGAGUUCCAUGUCCAUGAUGCACUCCCGAAAGGAGAAACCCUUCCAAGCUCAAGUUAUGAGGUGAAAAAAUUGAUGCGUGAUUUAGGAAUCGGUUACGUAACUAUUGAUGCUUGUGUAAAUGAUUGUGUGCUAUUUUGGAAAGAAAAUGAAAAUCUUGACACGUGUCCAACUUGUAAGGCCCCUAGAUGGAAAUUAGGUUUCGGAAAACGCAAGAAGGAGAAACGUGUAGAUGAUGAUACGAUUAGACAUCCAGCUGAUGCUACGGAAUGGAAAGAUUUUGACCAGAAAUAUGCUUGGUUUGGCAAAUAUACUCGUAACGUGCGACUUGGGCUUGCUAGUGAUGAGUUUAACACUUUUGGAAAUAUGAGCACGAGUUAUAGCAUGUGGCCGGUGAUUGUGACACCAUAUAACUUACCACCAUGGAAAUGCAUGAAGGAGUAUUUUUUGAUGUUAUCUUUGCUUAUUCCUGGUAAGGAAUCUCCCGGAGAUAAUAUCGAUGUAUAUUUAAGGCCAUUAAUUGAUGAGUUAAAAGAGUUAUGGGAGACCGGUGUGACAACAUAUGAUGCAUAUAGCGCAUAUGGAAUGUUAUCUGGAUGGAGCACAAAAGGAAAAUUGGCAUGUCCUGUGUGUAAUAAGUGGACAAAAUUUGAUGGCAAACCAGAGCACGGGUCAAAUCCUGAAGAGUUGUCAGGAGAUAAAGUUCUAAGGCAAUUAGAUUUGCUUCCUAAAGACUUGGUUUUUGUGAAGACACCUAACCAAAAAAAGAAUGCAUGUGGUCCUGAAGAGCUCAAUUGGACAAAGAGAAGUAUAUUCUUUGAAUUGCCUUACUGGAAAACAUUAAAAUUACGUCUGAAUUUAGAUGUAAUGCAUAUUGAGAAGAAUAUAUGUGAAAAUAUAUUGGGUACAUUGAUGAAUAAUGAUGGAAAAUCUAAGGAUAACAUUAAGGCUCGAAUGGAUUUAGAAGCAAUUUCAAUCCGGUUGCCAGACGGAUAUGCUUCGAAUCUUUCCCAAUGUGUAAGUGUUCAGGACUGCAAAGUUAUGGGGAUGAAAAGCCAUGAUUAUCAUAUAUUCUUACAACGGUUACUUCCAGCAUCAAUUUGUGGGUCUUUGCGUAGUGAGUGGUAUGUGCUUAACAAUUGUGAGGAUGUGGAUGAAUAUCUGAAGAUUCACAUUGAAAAAUUACAAAAGGAAAGUGUUAUAGAUGUGCAAAAAAUACACCAAGCAGAAUUUGCCAGUUGGACGCCUACGUGCUACUGGUUUGGUUUCAGCAACAGAUCAUAUAUAUAUGUGUUGGGAUUAGGUCCUGAUAUACGAAUUGCUAGGUAUAGUGGAAUAAUUGUCAAUGGAGUUAGGUUUCACACAAUUGAGCGUGAUAAUUUUCGUCAGACUCAAAAUAAUGAAAUUUCAGUUACGGGAGAGCAUAAGUCGAAAGAAAUCGAGUUUUAUGGUGUGCUAACAGAUAUCAUUGACCUCCAAUAUGUUAAUGGGAAUCAUGUUUUUUUUGUUUAA